AUGUCCACGAGCGAGAUGCCGACAGAUGGGGAGGAGGAACAGGCCCUGACCGGUCUCUGGUAUGUGGGAAUAGGCCUUCAGGUCAUCUCCAGCAUGUGUGGGACUGCAGGGAAGACCCUCGUAAGGUUGUCCACGAUCCACGAGAAGAAGCAUCCUUUUUUCUCAAAGUUGUUGUUCCGAGUGGGCCUUUUGACGAACACCAUCAUUGGUCCACUGAUCGAUGUGUCUGCCUACAGCUUCGCGCCUCAAUCUUUGGUGGCACCCUUUGGGGGCCUUGACGUGGUGUGGAACGCCUUGUUGGCCCCCUUUAUUCUCAAAGAGAAGUUGACAAAACACCGCGCGGUGGGCAGUGCAUUGGUCAUGAUGGGAAGCGUCGGCUCGGCGGCUUUCGGGAACCAGAAGGACCCAAUCUAUACGCUGCAGUACAUUGAGGACACGAUGAUCAAUCUUCGGGUCUUGAUCUACUUUCUUGUCUUCAUUUCCUGGUACUUGUUCAAUCAAUUCUACCUCAUGCGGUGGCCGACAGGAAGCAUCAUCAAGGGCUUGUCUUAUGGCUGGACUGCAGGAUCACUCGCUGGCAACAUGUGGUGCACAAAAAUUGCAAUCGAGCUCGUUCAGACCAGCAUCGCUCUAGGAGACCCGGAGCCCUGGAAGACCUGGAUCCCCUAUGCGGCUCUGCUCGGGGCGGCCUUCUUUGCUGUGGUGAACGCCUAUUUCCUGACGAAGGGACUCCAGCACUAUGAAGCCUUCUUUAUGAUUCCGAUAGUGGAAGGCUCCAUGAUCCUCUCCGCAAGCCUGUCUGGUGCAAUAGUCUUGCUUGAUGUUCGCGGUCUGGAAGCCUGGCGAAUCUGUAUGUACUCGUUGUGCGUGUUGCUUGUCAUCUUCGGCAUGAUCACUGUUUUCCUGGGUGAGGCUAGUAGCAAGAGCUCCCUCAUGAGCGGCAAUGCCAGCAUUGCUGGCUCUGACAGGAAGGACAAGGCGGAGAAAGCGGUGGCAAUCCAGACAGUGCCUCCAUCACCUCAGGGCUCCACUACCUCUUAUACUGUUGGCAGGGUCCACAUUGGUGUUCCUCCAAGCCCGACUACUUCCACCAUUUCAGACAAGGAGGGAAAUGGUCGCUUGAGGGCUAUCAGCUCCGAAGAUAUCGAGAACGGCAUUGUAGUGAUCCAUGAUCGAGCGCCACACCCGCCCACAAUUGCAGAAAGCGAAGAGGACUGCAUCAGAUUAGAUCACCCACCACCCGGGAAGAAACAGAAGCAUGUUCCAGCUCCGGUGAUUGGUGCUGCACAGUUGACGCAAGCCCCUGAUGCUGACACGAUCCCAUUCCCAGGGCCGGCCGAAGGCCUGACCCUCACGAAGGAUGGGCUCAUCAAACUCUGA